UAUUUGAAUGAACUACUUUCACUACUAACUAUUUAACAGGCCUAUGUUAAUAACACUAACAAAUAAUUGUCAGUCACUAGUGAAUGGAGGGUAGGAGAAAGGUAGGAUGAUGGUAGGAUGAUGAUUUACUGGGAAAGAUGGGUUGAUCUGUGACUGUCUGAAGGUUGGAAUUAAUGAGUGUUGGAAUAAAUACAUAGACACAUGAACAGUAUAAAUGUUUAAGGUCCUCCGAUCUGGGGUGAGUGUGAGGAUGGGAUUACUGUGUGUUUUGUGUUUAGUUAUUAAUGUUUUGUGUUUUGGUUUCACGGUGUGAGAGGUGUGUGUGCUGGUCGUGGUGGUUGUGUGUGCGCUCGCUUCCAUACCAGCCUGGGCAUCAGGCAGGGCUUGGUCCUUCCCGCCCUGGAAAAUCCCUUUGGGCAGGGGGCUUCGCCAUGCCGGCAUCUUAGGCAAGUGGGGACGAGUGCUCCCACUGACCAGAGCACCCACUGACGCGAGCACCCAUUCACAUUGUCUUUGUAAUGUAUUUUUGUUGUUUUAAUAGCAAUAAUAAUAAUUGUCCUCAGUAAUGUUAGAAAUUUGUGUUUAAGACAUCAUGCUAGAGAUAGAUAAUAAAAAGCCUAAUACAUAAUUUGGCACCAAACAAUUCACCUGAAUACUUGUUUUUUUUGGAUGAAGUUCUCUUGAACAAGACUGGAUAUUUGUUUCAAUAUCUUCUAACAUGGAGGCUCAUGUAUGCUCUUAUAUUAAGAUCAUUCCAGGGGUUUUUCCCUGCCUUUUUAUAUGUUAAAAUUAUAGAUUUGUAAUUUAAACUGAAUUAUUAUUACAGUGUAAUUAUGACUAGUUGUAAAGUUGUUACUAGUGUUUAACUUUCUGUCUAAACAAGAGAGCUUCAAUGACAAAAGGUCAGAGUUUAUAUUUCCACAGGUGUUUGAAUUACAUUGUCAAUACUCUGCCGGCAGAGUACUGUAUUUUUGUAGUUAUAAAAUGUCUUUAAUUUCAUUAGGAAUAUUAUAAUUUGUAAAUUGAUUCAUUGGGUCACAUGUCAAAUAUCAUGUCACAUGAGAUAUCCUAUGUUUUCUCUCCCGAAACUCUUACUCUGUCUCUCUCUUUCGCUCUCUCUCUUUUCCUCUCUCUCUCUCACUCACACACACACUCACACACACACAUCUGCUAUACAGAGAAAUGCUGUGUUUUCUCUGGGUUCUCCUCUCUCUGACUGCUUUACAAGUGGAGGGUUUCAGUGGGGGAGGAUCUUCCAUUGCUUCUCAGUGUGGCUCAAUGCUACCUGGUAAUAGUUUUCAUGGCAGCACAGGGCAGAGCUCUUCCUCACCAUACACUGUCACUGUCAACCAGACCAACUACCAGCCAGGAGACACCAUCCAAGUGACUCUGUCAGGAACCUUCACCUAUAGAGGGUUUCUUCUGGAGGCCCAUGAGGAAGGACAGAACAAGGCUGUGGGAACGUUCUCUCUCGGCAGUGGGACUGGGAUCGUUCUUGUGCCUUGCAAUGGGAUCGCAGUCAACAUUUAUGCAGACCUCCAGUGUAUUUUGGAUUGCAGUGCCUAGCAUGACAGUUAACCGACUGUCCUCAAUUGUUGUCACCACCACAAGUGCUCCUACUACAACAACUACUGCUCCUACUAAAACAACUACUGCUCAUACUACAACAACUACAGCUCCUACUACAACAACUACAGCUCCUACUACAACAACUACAGCUCCUACUACAACAACUACUGCUCCUACUAAAACAACUACUGCUCAUAC